AUUGCCUUAUCAUCUUCCCCAACUCGCCCUUGAUGGCGAGCGGCGCCAAAUAAGAUGCAUCACAGGGUCUGGCAAGAUUAAUCUGUCUCUUUCUAUUCGAUUCUUGACCUGUAGCUAAGACCCCGGUAGCACUAUCGCGUAUGCCGCGUUCGCCCGAUGAUCUCAAGGCUCUGGAGAGUUGCAUUCAAGCAAUGCGUGGUUAUAUUGCAGGAAACAUAGACUCCAGAGCCUGGAAACGUGAUGCUUCAAAUUCCUUGCAAACAAGUACCAUCGGGACCCAGUGGCACGACAGAAUGUGUAUGGCCACAUCAUGGCUUCGGAAGGGUAAGGUCGACUCAGCGUUUAGGAUAUUUCGAAAGUGCACCCAUAAUUACGAGAAGAUAUUGGUUGCCUUCGAACCUAGGCUUUUCAUUAUCACUUGUCACGCCAUACUGCGCCUAGCUGGGAAAUGGCCCGAUUUAGGACGUUCCAUUCUACAGCAGAUGUACGCACUUGCGACAAUAACGUUCCAAACUCCGGAUUACCCGGUCGUGACUUUUCUACGCUCCAUCUUGAAGCUUGGAUCCGCAAAAUUUCGAGAGUUUGGGCUUGCCUAUGCACGAAAUUGUGUCGCAGUCUUCCAAGAGCAUCUGUUACAGACAAGCCAGUUUCUAGUAGAUAUUACUAUUGAAACGACCACAGACCUUGUCUCCUUCGGAGUCAUGGAUGGCGCAUCUGCGAUAUCUGCGUUGUCGGAAUUGGUCACAGCCUUGCAACCAUUGAAAGAAAGAUGCCUAGACGUACUUUCUAUCAAAACCAGAAUCGCUUGGAACUAUUAUCGGAUGGGUAAUUGUGUGCAAGGAUUAUCAUUAACUACAAAUAUCAUCUCGGAAUCUCAUAGUUACCCGCCCAGCCCCGAUCAGGCGGAAGUAGUCAGGGGUUGUCAUGUACUUUCUUUUUGUACUAACCGGAGACUUAGAUAUUUACUAGAUGCUACUGUUGCCGGGGAAGAACUUGUCAAAUAUUGCAUUGCCACUUACGGCAUUGGACAUAAAAAUACGGUUGACGUUCUGAGCGACUACAUGGACUUUUUGAAGGAAGAUGGAGACCUCAGCGUCCUAAAUUCGAUAUCUCAGACUCUUCAUAAGGCAGUGGACCAGAUUUACAAUGAUGAGGACAUAUAAUCACUUUUGAUCCAUGUCUUUGGGUCACGGUAGCAAGGUGAUUUGGUAAUGCGCCGGGGACUAUCGCCCACGAGCGCCCCGCCUGUGGACGUCUCAACCCAUUCGCAAGCACUGCAAGUGGUUUUCAAAUGUCUGGUGUCUGCGCUGCACCUAACUGUAUUGA